AUGCUGAAAGAAGAAUAUAAUUACUCCUUUCUGCGAAGGAGGAGUCCUCAAGUGAAAGCUUUGAAGGUCAGCACCACGAGUCCACUAAAAGAAGAAGUAUUUUACUGUCAGUUUGGCAGCCAGAACCAGGUCACAACACGCUACUACUGGAGGAAGACCUCCUUGUACUACCAGCUGAAGCUGAGUGAAGGCCCCAUAAUUGCCAAAGACUACCUUCAAAACAAGAAAAAGCACCAUGCAGAAAUUUGCUUUAUUCAUAAGAUCAAGUCACUGCAACUGGACCAAUCCCAGUAAUUUGAAAUCACUUGCCGUGUCACCUGGAGCCCCUGCCCCUCCUAUGCCUGGAAAGUGGUUGCCUUUGUCAAAGAUGGCCCCUACCUCAGCCUUCAGAACUUCGUCUCCCGCCUGUACUUCCACUGGCGCUGGAAGUAUCAGCAGGAGCUGAAACAUAGGCAGACAUCCAGGAUCCCAGUAGCUGUCAUGAGCUGCCUGGAAUUUGAGGACUGCUGGGGGAAGUUUGUGGACACCCAGGACAGGCCUAUCCAGCCCUGGGACAACCCAGAAUACUACAGUAAAAGCAUAGAACUAAUGCUCAGGAGGAUCCUGAUGCCCCUGAAUGAUUUAGAGAAUGACUUUGGAAAUUUGAAACUUGGAUGA